AAAGAAAAACAUUAUCAUCAUCAUCAUCAUCAUAUUUGAAAACAAAAAUUAUUAUUGAUUUUUUUUUGUUUCAUAAACAUUUUCAAAAUUAUCAUUUGAAAAGAUGGGUGUUUUUGAUUUUCUUUACAAAUCACCACGUUCAAAAACACAUCCUCGUCAUUAUCAUCAUGGUCAUCAACAAUAUAGACGUCCAACCGGUCAACCGGGUGGAACACCUGGCCAUCAUAAACAACGAAUUACUACACAUGUGAAUAAAAAUUCUGAAUUACCUAUUGUUGAUUCGAAUAAACAUGAACGAUCAUUAUCAUAUAAUCAACAAAGAAUUCGACCAAAAAUUAAUAAAAAUUUAAGUGUCAAUGAUGCAAAAACCCGAAUUUAUAGACAAAAUCAAUCAUCAUCGAUCGAUGUUGAUGAUUUUACUCGACUUAGUCGUUUGGAGAAUAAAAUCGAUAGCUAUAUAACAAGAUAUAAUGAAAUUGCCGAUGAACUUGAUAAUAUUCGAACGAAUUUAAAUCUAAUUCAAAAAGAAUUCAAACAAGAAUAUGAUGAUGAUAUUAUUGGUGGAAAAAAGAAUAAACAUGUUGUUGAAAUUGGUGAUCGUAUAUUAGCUAAAUUGGAUUCAUUUAAAAUUAAUGAAUCACAUACAUCACCAGUAUUAUCGUUAUCACAAACACCAGAACCAUUUACUGAUGAAAUUGAUGAUAAACCAAAUAAAACAGCAUUAAAAUCAGAUGAUGAUGGUGAUGAUCAUAAGGCCAAACAAACAAAAUCUAAAUUUUUGAAUCUAUCAUUAAUGAAACGAAAAUCACAGAAUAAAUAUGAUCAAAAAACGACAACGGCAACAACUCCAACAUCACCAGAACGUGUACCGAUCACAUUGAAUGGAAUGAUGGUACCACCACAAUAUAAUCCUCUUUAUACUAUGGCACAUGCUAGCUAUGCUAUCGUUGAUAAUGAUGAAAAUGGUGUUGAUUUACACAAUAAAACGAACAUGGAAUCAAUUCCUGAACAUGAACCAGCUCUUUAUACCUCAACUCCUUCAACAAAACAUCCAAAUCAAGAAUCAUCGAUACAGCGAUCAUAUAUUCAUGAUGAACCACAAUCACCAUCAUUUGCUUCGCAAAGAAUUUCUCCAGUACGAUUUGUUGAUGGUAUAACUGCUGAACGUCCAGUCUAUAUAAACAUGUCAUCAAGAUUACGUUCUGAACAUCCUAUCAUUGAACAUUGUUUACGACGAAUUGAAUCAUUACGACCACUUAUUAUGCGUUAUAAUUCGGAACAUAAAUUUCGUGUUUACAAAGAAUUUAAUGAAGAAAUAUUCAAUAUGAUGAAUGAAUUGAAUGAUAUUGAUUGUUCCAAAGAUUCAUUAUUUGCAAAUGAUAAAAAUGUUGCCCUAUGUGAAUUACAUAAUCUUGCCGGUGUUCUUGAACGUUCUAUUCAAUGUAAAGAUAAUGAUUGUGUCAUUUGUAAUUCUUUUAUGUAUAAACCAGAAGUUUCUGUUUGAAAAUAUAUCUGCAUGCAUUCAGACAUCAAAAAUUUAAUAACACAAAAUGUCAUUUAUUUU